AUGAUAUUGACUUGGAUACUAUUUAUAUUUGGGGCUCUAAUUGGCGUGGCGAAUGGUCAACAGGCUUAUUGUUGGGAUCCGUGUACUUAUAAUUGCCCGAAUCGGGCCCCAAGGUAAUUGUUUUUGAAAGUUUUAAAGCUUUACCCUACAUUAGACUACCCUACCCUACCCUACCCUACUCUACCCUACCCUACCCUACUCUACCCUACCCUACCCUACCCUACCCUACCCUACCCUACCCUACCCUACCCUACCCUACCCUACCCUACCCUAGACAUGAGGAACGGUCUAGGCCUACCAUCGGGCAGGGCCGAUCCUAACCAAAGUUUAAGUUGGGCCAGGCAUGAAAACCAAAAAAAGCCACGCCUGUUUGCAACUAAAAAAUCCGGGUCAGGCCUGAGCAAAAUUUAGGUCGGGUCAGGCCUAAAAAUGGGUUCUGCCAUACCCACGGUCCUCUGCCCUACUCUAAAUUACCCAGCCCUACCUAAUUAUUCUGUCUUACCUAGGUUACAGUACCCUACCCUACCCAACCUUACCCUACCCUGUCCUUGCUUAGUAUUCUUAAACCUAGUAACAUAUAUUUUCAAAAUUUCAAAAAAAAUUUUUAAUUUUAAAACUUUUUUAAAAAAAUUUUUUAGGUUAUGUCCGAAUGAAGGAAUCAUGACAUAUUAUGACUGUUGUCAGGAUGGCUGCUGUGAAUUCAUAAAAUGGCCUAAUUUGUAAGUUUUAAGUUGUGACAAAGUGAAAAAUUGACCCUACCCCUGACCCUAAAAAUAAAAUUAAAAUCAAUUUGAAAGCCUAACUCACCUAAACCCUGUCUAGAAGCCCAUAACUCAAAACCUUUCAGAAUCUUCCUGGUAUGUAUAAUAUUCGCCUUACUGUGCGGUUGUGGAUGUUGUUGCUUCUUCCUUAUCACUGACGCACAACGUCGAUAUAAGGACGAAGACGCGAAACGAAGCCGAAGAUGGACCAAAAGUCAACGACGAAAAGACCCUCACGAACUGGAUGUUUCGACCAUUGAUAGUAGUCGAUCGCCAAGAGCUCCACCGCCUCCGCCUCGAUACUACGAACAUCGACGGUCUACUGUGGUGUGA